AUUUUCACAUUAAAGAAAGCUCUAUUAAUUCGGAUCGAAUUGCAUUCUAACCUUUUUUGUAGGCAAUUUUUUUUUCUCCUCCAUUAAUCCUUUUACCCCCUUUUUUUCCUCCUUUCAAACCCCACAAAAUUUCCUUUUUUUCUCAGAAUUCUUGACUUUUUCUUAGAAAGAAAAAUCAAAGCAGAAAAAGGGGAUCAAAUAUUGUGUGUCUGUUUUUAUAUGGCUAAAUCUUCUUUUUCUGCAUAUGGGUUUUUGAUUUCAGAUUGUGGUAUUCUUCCUUUUCCCUUAUAAAUUACUUUAUUUUUUGCGUUUUAAUUUAAUUUAAUUUUAAUUUUAUUGCCUUUUUUUUGAAUCUCUUAUUGUGGGUAUUUCUCAUUUCCCUUUAAAAAUUAGUUCUUGGUUUUUUUGUAUAUUUUUUUUUUCUGUUGGUAUUUUUCUUUUCCUCUUAAAAAUUAGUUCUUGAUUUUUGCAUUUUUAGUUUAAUUUAAUUUUAAUUUUAUUGCCUUUUUUUUAAUCUCAGAUUGUGGGUAUUUUUCAUUUUCCCUUAAAAAUUAGUUCUGGAUUGUGGGUAUUUUUCUUUUUCUCUAAAAAAAUAGUUCUUGAUUUUUGCAUAUUUUAUUUAAACAUUAAUUUAUUUUUAUUGGGUUUUUUAAAAUUUAAGAUUGUGGGUAUUUUUAUUUUUCCCUUGAAAAUUAUUUCUUGAUUUUAUUAUAUUUUAUUUUAUUUCUUGAGUUAAUUAUUCUUUUUGGUCUCUGGUCUUUGUGUGGGGGAAUUAAAGGUCAUUUUCAUAGGGUUUACUUUUUUUUGUCUUUAUAAUUUAAUUGAUUGGUCAGUUGUGAAUUAUAGCAUGGUUGGUGGUGUGGUAAAGUUUUCUUUGAAGAGACCCUAAAAAUCAGAAAUUUGCUAAAAGUUUGAAGCUUUGUAGGUAUUUUUACUUGAAUAUUCAAAGAUGGAUUUGAAUAAAACUGAGAAAUUGGAUGAUCAAGAAGUGUCCAAAUUGGAAGGGGAAGGUACCCUUAGUGACAAAAAUAUGGAAUCAAAUAGUCUUAGAAGCAUAAGUAGCAAAGAUAUGAUUUUCAGGGCUGACAAAAUUGAUCUGAAAAGUUUGGAUGUUCAAUUGGAAAAGCAUUUGAGCCGCGUUUGGUCAAACAAUUUAGAGAGACAGAACAACCAAAGGCCUAAGGAAGUAUGGGAGAUUGAUCCUUUGAAGCUGGAAAUAAAGUAUCUUGUAGCUAAGGGUACCUAUGGUACCGUUUAUCGCGGUACCUAUGACAAUCAAGAUGUUGCAG